AUGGCUUCCAAUAUCUUCUCUCGGCUCGCCCCGCCAUCUCGAGCCUCUAAGUCGUUCUACGAAGAACUGAGGGCCGGACACGAUAGAGAUAUGGACAUCGAAGGACAAGCUGGCCUGGAUGUUGACGAAGAGAAUCUGAGAGAGCGAUUCCAAGACUAUGAUCUAGACCACAUACAAGGCCUUGCUAUUGAAGACAGCCGAGCGACACUGGAGAGCAAUGCCAACAUCCUCAACAGCCCUUCCGGCACAACUGGCCGUGGUCCACGGCGCGAAGGACAUAGACGAGAGCCCAACUCCAAGUGGCUCGGCCAGGAAGAUGAUGGCGACAACGAUGUUCCUGCAUCACUGCUUGUCGAGCCGCACGAGGGCGAUGUGGAGGCAAAGGCAAAUACGCGGAGAAAGCCGGCUUUUCCAGGAAGGCAGAAUGCUAUUCCUGGCCCCUCCAACAGACGCACUCAUGCCCAGUGGGAGACGACAAAAGCGCAACAGAGGCUUCACGCUACAGAUAGCUCCAAACCGACCAGAUCCCAACCAAAGCGUUUUGCUAGGGGCCUUGCAUCUGGAAGCGAGAAAGAGAAGGCCCUCUGGAGAUGGGUAAAUGUCUCCAACCUUGACUUCUUCGUCCAAGACGUCUACUACUACUACCGAGGGAGCGGGUUUUGGUGCAUUGUGUGUGCUCGGGCGUUACACCUGAUAGAAUCUGCCUUUUUCGCCGUGUUCCUAACCUUCCUGACUCAGUGCGUUGAAUACACCAAGAUCCCUAACAGUAGUUCGCUGAAGGAGGUCAUGAUUCCUCAGUGUACCAGAAAUAUGUCGUUCAUGUGGAACAUUGGUCUUUGGCUGUAUGUCUUUUACUUCGUAUGGAAGGCAGUCCAGUUCACAAUGGACCUGCGGCGUCUCAGCAAUAUGCGCAACUUCUAUAUCCACCUCCUUGAGAUACCAGAGGAAGACAUGCAAACCGUUUCCUGGCAAGACAUAGUUGCCCGGGUCAUGGCCUUGCGGGACGCCAAUCCCAAGACAGCUAUCAACGUCAACCCUUCGGUACGACAAUGGAUGCGUAAUCAGUCCAAGGAGAGGUUGGAUGCCGCAGACAUCGCCAACCGUCUCAUGAGGAGGGAAAACUACCUGAUAGCCAUGAUGAACAAAGACAUACUCGACCUUACGCUCCCGAUACCCUUUGCGAGGAAGCACCAGUUCUUCUCAAGAAGUCUCGAAUGGAACCUGCAUUUUGCCAUUCUGACUUAUGUUUUUGAUGGGAACAACCAGGUACACCAGGAGUUUCUCAAAGCAGACCGCCGAGGCUUGUUAAGUGCAAAGCUGAAAUCGCGGCUUGUGUUCGCCGGCAUCAUCAACUUACUGAUCGGUCCCUUUGUCGUCGCAUAUCUUAUUGUUGUCCAUGCCUUCACGUACUACAAUGAGUAUCAAAAAGACCCAUCAACCUUUAGUCACAGACGAUAUACGCCUCUUGCCGAGUGGAAAUUCCGAGAGUUUAACGAGGUUCCGCACCUCUUCCAUGAACGAAUCAACAUGUCAUAUCCGUUUGCUAGCCGUUAUAUUGACCAGUUCCCAAAGAAAAUGACGGAGCAGUUCGCCAGAAUGGUGACUUUCGUUGCGGGGGCCAUCACUUCGGUCCUUGCCGUCGCAUCAUUUCUCGAUCCUCAGCUUUUCCUUGGUUUCGAGAUCACCAAGGACAGGUCAGCACUGUUCUACAUCGGCUUGUUUGCUGCGAUCUGGGCAGCUGCCAGAGGUAUGAUAUCAGAAGAAACGACUGUAUUCGAUCCGGAUUACGCUCUGCGCAACGUCAUCGAAUACACUCGUUACAUGCCAGACACCUGGAACGGCCGUCUUCACACAGCUGACGUCAAGCGGGAGUUUUCGGAGCUUUACAAGCUGAAGUUGUUGAUUCUCAUCGAGGAAAUACUCGGUAUUCUUACUGCCUCCUUUGUGUUGAUCUAUUCAGCCCCCAAGUGCAGCGACCAGAUCAUCGACUUUUUCCGAGAAUUCACCAUCCAUGUAGACGGGGUUGGCUAUAUAUGCUCGUUCGCCGAGUUCGACUUCAAGAAGGGUGUGGGCAAGGCAAAGCAACAAGUAGGCGCUGGCGAUGUCCGGGAAGACUAUUAUUCCACAAAACACAACAAGAUGGCAGCGUCUUACUACGGCUUCUUGGACAACUAUGUAAUCAAUCCGAGGACAGGUAUACCAGGUCAUCUACCUCCCGGAAGCCGACAGCAGUUUCACCCCCCGCCGACGUUUCCGGGACUGAGUUCUCCGACAUUGGCGGCCGACAUGCAAAACUCUAGGAUGGGUCGACAAGACCUUACGAGGAGCCGAGCAGCUGGGGGAGGAUCUGGCCAACAAACCCGAACGCCGAGGUUUGGACCAUCAAUGACGGCCCCGUCGCCGAUGGCAUCAAUGCUUCUUGACCCACAUCACCAACCUGCCGCAACAGUGUUCGGCAUCCGAAGUAUGCACCGGAGUCGAGCGGCGCGGGGUGGUUAUCAGGGUGAAGGUAUCAUCGAGGAGUUGACCGAAGACGGCUUAGGCGUAGAUAGCCGCCUGCAGUCGCAGAGUGCACACGAAGACGAAACAUUUGAUGGCUCGGGGCCUUUGGGAGAGUCUGUAUGGGAGACAUCACCUCCAAAGGGGCUGAGUCGUGAGAGCAGCAUGGCAGAGACGGGCGAGCAAGACGCGGGGGUGUUGGGUUUGAUAUACCAAUUUCAGCAGGCCCACCGUAACAAUCCACAGAGUGGCGGGGCACUGUGA